AAAAUAAAAUUUGUUAAAAUUAUCUCAUUUGGCCCCUAUGGUUAAUACCCUUAAAAAUAUAAAAGUAAAUUAUUAAGUCUUAUUUAUUUUUAAAUACUUUUGUCCUAACUUUAUCUCGUCUCUCCCGUUUCUUUCCUCCAUUCUUGUGAAUGCUCCGCUCUUUCACAUCACAGUAUUUUACUCGAGCUACACUAUACCCCUACUACUUUUCUUUUGUCAACAACACCAACAAUAUAUUCCAACUCCCUAUGGAAAAUAAGCACACCAAAGAUAUGAAGGAUGAACAGAGAGAAGGUUACUGCAAGGAAGUGGCUGGUGAUCAUUAUCCUUCAAAUAGUGCUUCUGAUUAUAUACUUCCUCAUCUUCUCAACUUAUAUGCAUCACGCGCCAAGGCACAGGAUUUUGAGAUUUAUGCUCCAAAUGCAACGUUUGAAGAUCCCCUUAUGCGUGCAGAGGGGGUAAAGCAGAUAAAAUCGUCAUUUUAUUCGCUUGGGAAGAUCUUCAGUGAGUCGAGAAUUGUGGAGUACAACGUCACAGAGAAAGAAAUUUCUCCAGGAAAUAAAGAGAUUUUAAUUGACAACAAACAAUAUUACAAGUUCUUGGGGAAAGACAUUCAUAUGAUCUCACUGAUCAAGUUGUAUACUGAAGGAGGAAAGGUUGUUCGUCAUGAAGAUUGCUGGGAUAAGAAACCUUUACGGAAUAGGGAGACAGUGAAGGUACCACUUGUUGGGCGUAUGAUGGAGGUAUCUCGUAGAGCUUCGAUGCUUUUAACUCAUGCGCUAAUGGGGUUUGGAAAAGAUCCCACCAUGUAAAUUGCAAUGCACUAUAGUGUUUCAGUUAGUUUUACCUAGCUGCAACUUUAUAAUCAGGUGAGAAAUAUAUGUUUGCUUGAAAAUAUGUAAGACUCAGAAACAACCAGUCUACCUUUACAAGGUAGGCUAAGGUUAGGACUCAUCACCCUCCCAAGACCCUUCUUGUGAGAUUACACGUGUAUGUUGUUGAAAAUACAUGUAUAAUAAUUAUUCAGUUUAUCCA